AUGACUUCUUCAGGAUGGGGAAAAUUUGUUCUACUGCUGUGGAAGAACUGGAUUAUUUCGAAGAGACACUACUUCCAGACAUUCUUCGAAAUUCUGAUCCCGGUGGUGGCAUGCUUGUUGCUGAUUCUUGUGCGUGGUUUGGUAGAUCCAAAAGAGUACAAAGAGGACUUCAUUUUCAGACCACUGGAUUUGAAUAGCAUAGCACACUUGAGAACUUUGAAUUUGCCGAUACAGCUUAUGAUAGCAUUUUCACCAAGAAAUUCACUCUUAGAGCAAAUAAUAACGGCCUCCAUUGGAAUACUCAAUGGUCCUCACCUACAGCCAAUGCCAUUCGACAAUGCUUCCACUAUGCAGAACUUUCUGCAAAACAACAAUUACCUUGUUGGAGUUGAGUUUCCAGACUCUUACGCGAACAUAACAACGUUACCGAAUCACGUAGAAUUUGCGCUUCGCUAUCCGGCGGAGAUGCGAACCUUCGUAGCGGUUGGCACCGAGUUUUGGAACAACUGGCAAACCAACCGGCUGUUCCCGGCGUUUGACGUGCCGGGCCUUCGGAAUCCAACGAGUGAAGAUGGCGGUUAUCCGGCAAACUACUACUGGGAAACGUUUGCCUCAAUUCAGAGUGCCGUAUCACAGGCUAUCGUUCUGGAAAAGAGUCCGGAACAUAGGUUGUCUGGGAUAUUCUUGAGGAGAUACCCCUAUCCGGCGUUCUACAGCGAUCCCCUACUGCUCGGUCUGGAAAAUCUCCUUCCCCUCAUUAUAGUGGUUGCUUUCUUCUACACCUGCAUCAACACGGUCAAGUACAUCGCCGUCGAGAAGGAACGCCAGCUGAAAGAAGCCAUGAAGAUCAUGGGACUACCAAGCUGGCUACACUGGAUGGCGUGGUUCGUGAAGACGCAGAUCAUGCUGCUGGUCGCGAUAUCUUUAAUCACGAUUCUGCUUUGCGUUAGCAUGACCACCAACACCGAUCUGGCAGUGUUCACCUUUGCCGACUGGUCAGUCGUCUGGGUGUACCUGCUUGUCUAUAGCGUCGUAACGAUCAUGUUCUGCUUCAUGAUGAGUACGUUCUUCUCGAAAGCCAACACAGCUUCCGGUAUCGCGGGUCUGAUGUGGUUCGUGUUCGUGAUGCCGUACAACAUUGCGUUCGCCAACUACGAUACGAUGUCGCUGGGUGCCAAGCUGGUGCUGUGUCUGUUCCACAACUCGGGCAUGUCGUUUGGAUUCAUGCUGAUGAUGCGCCACGAGGGAACCACAACCGGUGUCCAGUGGUCCAAUCUGUUCAGCCCAGUCACGGCAGAUGACGAUCUGAGCGUUGGAGCUACGAUGAUGAUGCUGCUGGCGGCUGGUGUAAUCUACCUGGUGAUUGCACUGUACGUUGAGAAGGUGAUGCCAGGAGAGUUUGGAGUCGCGGAGCCGUGGUACUUUCCGUUUACCAAGAAGUUUUGGACGAAUAAAGUUGAUGUGAUCGAAGAUGUCAACGAUGUAAUGCUCGAUAACCCAAACAGUAGAGAGUCGGACCCAACCGGGAAACACGCCGGAAUCCAGAUCAAAGGUCUUAGAAAAGUCUUCGACAAGUCCAAAGUCGCCGUCAAAGGAUCCUACCUAAACAUGUUCGACGAUCAGAUAACCGUUCUUCUCGGUCACAACGGAGCAGGAAAGACGACAACAAUGUCCAUGCUAACUGGAAUGUUUUCUCCAACAUCUGGUACCGCUAUGAUCAACGAUUGUGAUAUUCGAACCAACAUGGACGGAGCCCGGCAAUCGCUGGGACUCUGCCCGCAGCACAACGUUCUGUUUGACGAGAUGACCGUUGGUGAGCACAUUCAGUUCUUCGCACGGUUGAAGGGAGUCGAAAGAAAGGACAUUCCAAGUGAAGUGCGACACUACGUGAAGAUAUUGGAACUUGAAGUCAAAAUUCACUCCCAGUCGAGUACCCUAUCCGGAGGUAUGAAGCGAAAGCUGGCCGUUGGAGUCGCGCUGUGCGGUGGUUCCAAGGUCGUCCUGUGCGAUGAGCCCACAUCGGGAAUGGAUCCAGCUGCUCGCAGGGCACUGUGGGAUCUGCUGAUCAUGGAAAAGAAGGGACGAACGAUCCUGCUAUCGACGCACUUUAUGGACGAAGCCGACAUCCUAGGGGACAGGAUCGCGAUCAUGGCUGACGGAGAGCUGAAAGCAGUGGGGUCUUCAUUUUUCUUGAAGAAGAAGUUCGGAGUUGGAUAUAGACUGAUUUGUGUCAAGGGAGACGAUUGUAAUCCUAGUGCGGUUACAGAGCUACUCCAGCGAUACAUACCGGACAUUCAAGUAGAAACAGACAUCGGCACAGAGUUAUCGUACGUGCUCAACGAAAACUACACCAGCGUAUUCCAGAUUAUGCUACAGGAACUCGAAGAAAACUCACAACGCUUACAACUGGAUAGCUACGGUGUCUCACUGACAACGCUCGAAGAGGUUUUCCUGAAGGUCGGCAGUGAUUCAUUCGGAGUAGAUACGCACGAACACGACACAAACGGUCAUCUGGAUACGAACGAUCGUACGGCAUCCAACGUAACGCUGGAUCUGCAGGAAAGUGAGAAGCUUCUGACAGGAUUCCCACUGAAGAUGAACCAAAUCCGAGCCAUGUUCAUGAAGAAGCUUAUUGUAACCUACCGAAGCUGGAUCUCAAUGGCGGUACAGAUUUUCAUUCCCAUAUUCUUCGUUGUCAUGACCAUGGUCAUCGUUCGAUCGUUCCCGGACAAUGUGCAGUUGCCGACUCUCUGGAUGAAUUUUGAUGAUUACGUGCGGACUACAACGGUUCUUGAGGCAAACACCGAGAAUGGCGAGCUGGUAAGAGCUUACCAAGGACUGUUUCAAAAUACUGGACCAGAUCAACAGUUGAUCACGAUCAUGGAACCAAUGAACGACUACAUUCUCCGACGGACCAUCGAGAACACUCCGCUCGUUACGAACGAGUUCAUGGUUGGAGCAACGCUCAAGUCGGACAACGUUACCGUAUGGUUCAACACGCAAGGCUUCCACACCGCAUCGCUGUCUAUUGCCACCUUCUACAAUGCAUUUGUACGAACCGUCUGCUCCGAUUGUUCAAUCAAAAUUGCUAACAAACCGCUUCCUUUCAGACCGGAAACGAGGUUCUCCCAGCUGCAAGCCGGCAACAACAUGGGCUUCCAGCUGGCGUUCAACACCGGCUUUGCGAUGGCCUUCGUAGCGGCUCUGUACGUCAUGUUCUACAUCAAGGAGCGCGUUACGCGGGCCAAGCUGCUGCAGUUCGUGAGCGGUGUGAACGUGUUUGCCUUCUGGGCGGUUUCGUUCCUGUGGGACUACAUGACGUACAUCGUGACGAUCCUGUUCUACAUCGCGACGCUGGCCGCGUUCCAGGAGGAUGGAUGGUCCUCGGGGGAGGAACUUGGCCGCGUGUUCCUGAUCUUGCUCGUGUUCGGUUUCGCCUUUCUUCCGCUAACCUAUCUGCUGUCGUUCCGCUUCGACGUUCCCGCAAGUGGAUUCGUCAAGUUGAUGUUGCUAAACAUCUUCACCGGAAUCAUAUUCUUCAUGGCGGUUUUCCUGCUUCUGUUUGACGGAUUCGACUUGCAGGAUGUGGGUCGAGGAUUGGAGUGGGGAUUCAUGAUAUUCCCGCUUUUUGCGCUAAGCCACGCGCUCAGCAACAUCAAUAUUGCUUCGACUACGCUGAGAAUCUGCGACUCGCAGUGUGAGCUUAUUCCGGAAUGUACGGAAGAGUUGUUAUGCAAGCUGUUCCCGAACUGUUGCAAUGUUAAAAUAUUCUCUUUUGAACCAACCGGAAUCAAUCGUAACCUUCUGUUUAUGUCUGGACUUGGUGCAGCGUGCUUCGUAAUACUGAUGAUCAUCGAGUAUCGUGUGAUGCAAAGGAUUUUCACUAGUUUGAUGCGUAAGCGGAGUCCUCCCGUUCUAAAUCCUGCCUUAAUCGAUUCGGAUGUGCUGGCAGAGAAGGAACGAAUUCGGGUAAUGUCCAUGGGUGAAAUCAGCGCUACAAGCUUGGUUCUCCGAGAUGUGACAAAGUUCUACAAAUCGUUCCUGGCGGUCAACCAGAUGUCCGUAUCGGUCGAGCAUUCACAGUGCUUCGGAUUGCUGGGCGUGAACGGAGCCGGAAAGACUUCGACCUUCAAAAUGCUGACUGGUGACGAGGACAUUUCUUCUGGAGACGCUUGGGUCAAUGGGACCAGUCUGAGGACGGAUAUGACUACGGUGCACCAGCAAAUCGGAUACUGUCCACAGUUCGAUGCAUUGAUUGAUGAUCUCACCGGUAGAGAAACGCUGAUGAUCUUCGCUUUGCUGAGAGGUAUUCCAAAAGAUGAAGUAUCCAUGGUCGGUUUGAGACUAGCUGAGGAUCUGAACUUCAUGAAGCACAUUGACAAACGGACCAAGCAAUACAGUGGUGGAAACAAACGCAAGCUCAGCACUGCCCUGGCUCUGAUGGGCAGACCAACCGUCGUAUACCUGGACGAACCCACGACCGGUAUGGACCCAGGGGCAAAGCGACAACUCUGGGACGUGGUUUGCAAGGAACGGAGCGCCGGAAAGUCGAUCGUCCUUACCUCGCACAGCAUGGAAGAAUGUGAGGCACUCUGCACCAAGCUGGCCAUCAUGGUCAACGGAGAGUUCAAGUGCAUCGGAUCGACGCAACAUCUGAAGAACAAGUUCUCGAAUGGGUACUACCUGACGGUGAAGCUGAAGAAGAAAACGACCGAAAGUGGGCCGGAAAAGGUAGCGGAAAUCAAGAACUACAUCGUUGCCAAGAUUCCAGAAGCUGAAUUGAAGGAAGAAUACAUGGAAUCGCUAACGUAUCAGAUCCCCAAGACGGACAUUCGGUGGUCUACGAUGUUCGGGAUUAUGGAGCAAGCGAAGCAAGAGCUGGACAUUGAGGACUACGUGCUGGGGCAAACCUCGCUGGAGCAGGUGUUCCUCUCGUUUACCAAGUAUCAACGAGUUGAGGACUCAUGACAGCCGGUGAACGUGAGCGAUGUUUAAGAAGAACGGCCAACAACAUGGAAGAUUGGUGUGAUAGUUGUAACGAU